AUGGCGUCGUAUACUCCUCCGAGGACGGUGGACGAGCCUUCGCUGGCCACGGCAAGCGGCAUCCUCGUCCUCCCUCUCCACGUCACAGAGGAGCCCACGACACUGCCCGAGACGGGCUCAUCGCUGGACCUGAGUAGUCUAAGUGGAGCCGACGAGAGUUUGGCCGACCUUCAGCCGGAGCUCGAGGAGGAGAGGGAGAGGAGAGGGGGCUGGGACGGUCUCCUUGAGGAACAGAAGAAGUUGGAGUUCAUGGCGUGUCUGGGUCUGGUUCCACCUGCGGUCCUGGAGGAGAUACACAGACGUCAGGACAUGUGCAAGUCGGAGUAUGGGAACUGGUGGGACCGACUCCACUCCACCGAUUUUUGUCUCGUUCCAAAGUCAGACUCUAGUCUUCAUGCACUGCACAUACUCAGCUGUGAAGGGGAUGUUGGGGAGGGUGUGAUGAGUGACUGUGGUGUGAUAGGGGGAGGAGGGGGAGGUGAAGAUGUCACACAAGUGACUCCGAGACCAGAUGCCGGAGCAUUAGUCGAACAAAUCACUUACCUCACUUCCUGGCCUCAAACCACGCCCCCUGUCAGUUGA